AUGGCGAUGAUGAUGACUGGCCGUGUGCUGCUGGUGUGUGCCCUCUGCGUGCUGUGGUGCGGUGCGGUUUUUGGACACGCGAUGGACGAUUACUGCAGUGAGGGUGGAGGGAACGGUUUGAGGCACACGAGUAAUGGUGAUGACGGCGUGUCUCUAAAGGCGGAAUGCGGGUUGUUAUCCGCUCGAAUGGCAUUAAUAAAGGCGGUUGAGGCUGCGGAAGGUAAACAAGAAUUAAGUGGUCCAGACCCGCCUCAGGAUAAGUCGAGGGUAUCAUCACCUGAUAAUAAAUUGGGCAAUAAUACGCAGUCCACUGGAGCGCCUGGUGCAGGAGGAGGUGGUGUCGGAGGUCAACCAGCAGCAGUAACGCCGAAGCCCGGAGGAUCAGAUACAGAAGAACAGGUUGGGGAAUUAGGAGUGAUGGAUACAAAUAAUGGAAAAGUAGCAGGAGAUGAGGAACAAAAGGACGGUAAUGAAGCCGAUUCGCAACAACAAAGCGUUGAUCAAUUGACUUCUUCUUCCUCUUCAUCUGGCAGCUCUGGCACUGAGGGUGUCAAGCAACCCUCUUCGAGAGCAAAUUCCAAGAGUAAAGAAACCCUCGAUGAACUGCCGCAAGAAGAAGAAGAAGAAGAUCUUCCCAGUGAAUCUGACAGUCGUGAAGAAGAGGCGGAAGAACAAGAAACAGAAGAAGACAAAAAAAACGACAAAAUGGUUCAUAAGUCACCAACAGAAACACCUGGAGGUCCAACCAAUAACGCAGAAAUACAAACAGCAACAACGCAAGUGAAUGGGGAUUCCAUCCCUGAGACUUUAGAGGACGUCCAACAGCCAGAAGAAUUCCAAGGCGAAAAAGACUCAAACAACAAUUCACAAACAAAGAGCGCUGCCUCCAUCGCAGCCAAUCAACACAAUGAACCAUCUGCCGACCAUGGAGAAUCAGGGCCACCUUCACCCACGGCAAACGGUGAUGCCGCCAAUAAUGAUUCUGACAAGAGCACUGAAGACGGCAUCCCGAACAGUGAUCCAGUAUCUGAUGCUCCAGGGACAGCAGAAGAAAAACAAAAUGAAAAUAAAGAAUCCAAUCCGAAAGAAACACCAGUGACGGCCACAGCCAUGAAAAAUACAACGGCGACGACUGGCGACAGUGACGGCAGCACCGCGAUUUCCCACACCACCUCCCCUCUUUUGCUUCUUCUUGUUGCUGCUUGUGCGGCUGCUGCUGCGGUGGUGGCCGCGUGA